AUGUGCUCAGACUGUGCUGCUCACGUUCUUUCUUGCUAUGCACUUGCUGUGACUAUGCUCGUAUGGCAGGAGGAGCAGCGCAAGGGGGCGAUAGUGGAGGCACUCACACACUUCUCGGUGCUCUCGGCCAAUGCCAUGGCGACAGGUGUCACCACCACGCGCAUGCGCCUGCAGCUCAUGAAAAAAUACUCAGAAGUGCAGGACUUUUGGUUGACAGAGGAGGAUGUGAACCCAUCAGCACCGCCUACAAUCCAUCCCGACCUGCUUCAUUACAUCGUCACACACGAUCCCCGCCUCUCCCCCUCCCGCUCCACCCGCCCCUCCACCUCCUACCCCCCCAACGCCUCCUCCCCGCCCCUCUCCCCCUCCUCCUCCGCCUCCCCCCCCAACACUCCCCCCCCUCGCGAUGGGGUGGGUGGGGCGGUGCAAUCAGGCGAUGGGGUGGGUGGGGCGGUGCAAUCAGGCGAGGGGCGGUGCAAUCAGGCGAUGGGGUGGGUGGGGUGGUGCAAUCAGGCAAGGGGUGGGUGGGGCGGUGCAAUCAGGCAAUCUCGGUCAAACCCGCUCCCUCGAAGUCCAACUUUCUUCCCUUCAGGCCUCUAG